UUUAUAUUCCAACUUUUUUUGUUCUUUUCUUUAUCUACUUUCUAACCUCUCUAAACCAUGCCCCCCAAUGCCCAAUACCCAAUACCCAAUGCUGAAUGCCCAUUAAGGUGUCGUCCUUCGUCUUGUUUUAUACCGACUCACAACCACCUCUAUAAGCAAUGUAAUAACAAAAGAAACCCAGAUACAAAUGCCUGCUAAGCCUGAAAUCGACAAAGGAAAUGUUUAAAUGAGUGGAUAGUUGUGCGCCAUGAUCGCUGAUGCGUCACAACUGGAAAAAAUAACUCGUACACGCUCGCUUUCUCGUCCCGUUCCCUGCCGUCCUAAUCACACAGAAAGAAAUUGUACAUUGUACAUCAAGUCAUUACACGUUACUCCCCUCAGCUAUCAGCCCCCGAGCCCUCAGACUGCGACGCCGAGCGCGUGAGGUGCAAGUUGCGUCGGCGCACGAUAUGGAUGCCGCCGCCCUUGUUGGCGGGAUCGCGCACGACGACAAUCUCGUUCUUGCGCUUGCCGCCGUCCUUCUUGCGCGAGCUGCCGCUGCGGCUGCGCUGCGGGAGGCCGGCCGACGCGCCCAGCUGCACGAUGAGCGCGGCGACUUGGCCCUGCAGCGCGGAGACGUCGUCCAGCGCCGCCUGCUGCGACUUCUGGGCCUCGUCG